UUACAUACACGCACACCACCACGAUCAUCACUCCUCCUCGUCUCCCCAGCCCCUCCCUUUCCGUCUCUGCUCGACACUCUCCUCUUCAGUCUUGUUUGCCUGUCAGAAAGGUACUCCAGUGUUGGAGGCUAGGCUACCCCCUCUCGGACCCCGUACGAGAGCCAGCCGCCGUCGUACCCUAAGGCUUGGGCUCCCCUCACACGGCUCUAACCAUGGCAACCACCGGUACUUCCACCCGGUUUACCGACGAGUACCAGCUCUACGAGGAGCUCGGGAAGGGAGCUUUUUCAGUGGUGCGUAGGUGUGUAAAGAAGUCAUCAGGACAGGAGUAUGCUGCAAAAAUAAUCAACACUAAGAAGCUUUCUGCAAGAGACCAUCAGAAGCUUGAGAGAGAGGCUCGAAUCUGCCGUCUCCUGAAGCAUCCCAAUAUCGUGCGACUGCAUGACAGCAUUUCAGAGGAAGGCUUUCAUUACCUAGUCUUUGACCUUGUGACAGGGGGAGAGCUUUUUGAAGACAUAGUAGCCAGGGAGUAUUACAGCGAGGCUGAUGCCAGUCACUGCAUUAGUCAGAUCUUGGAGAGUGUCAAUCAUAUCCACCAGCAUGAUAUUGUGCACAGAGACCUCAAGCCUGAGAACCUGUUGUUGGCCAGUAAGAUGAAGGGAGCUGCAGUGAAGCUGGCAGACUUUGGUCUCGCCAUUGAGGUGCAGGGAGACCAGCAGGCUUGGUUUGGGUUUGCGGGCACUCCUGGAUAUCUCUCUCCUGAGGUAUUGAGGAAGGAUCCCUACGGCAAGCCUGUGGACAUAUGGGCUUGUGGUGUUAUUCUCUAUAUCUUGUUAGUUGGAUAUCCUCCUUUCUGGGAUGAAGAUCAACACAAACUCUAUCAGCAGAUCAAAGCUGGGGCAUACGAUUUUCCGUCCCCGGAGUGGGACACAGUGACUCCAGAGGCAAAGAACCUGAUCAACCAGAUGUUGACCAUCAAUCCAGCAAAGAGAAUCACUGCUGAACAAGCCCUCAAGCACCCAUGGGUCUGCCACCGCUCAACAGUGGCAUCCAUGAUGCACAGACAGGAAACUGUCGAAUGCCUCCGCAAGUUCAACGCUCGCCGAAAACUCAAGGGAGCCAUUCUCACCACCAUGCUGGUGUCCAGAAACUUCUCAGUGGGCCGGCAGCAUACCAACUCUGCUGCUGCCGCCUCCUCCACGGCCUCACUGGCUCAGGAAGCGUGCAAAACUUUACUCAACAAGAAGUCGGACUCUGCUAAGCCUUCUACCAACAACAGUAAGAACAGUAUAGUGAGCGCCAUCAAUGCCCUGAAAGACACCAACAUGGCAACCAACGCCCAGAUGGAAUCUCAGAGCACAGUGGUGCACAACCCUCCAGAUGGCGUCAAGGGAUCAACGGAGAGCAACGCCACCAACGAUGAGGAAGAAAUGAAAGCGGACAGUUCGGCGCUGAGUCAGAGCAGCGCUGCAGAGGAGAUGCCCCCACUUCUGCCCUCACCUCAAAGCUCACCUGCCAUUCCACCGCAUGACGUAAAGCGCAUGGCAUGGAACAGCACAGGCAACAGCUCCUGUCCCGACUCUGACCACUCGCAGUCCUCCUCCAUUCCUGCCGCUCCACUAGGGAGCAACACUGUCGCUGCUAACAGCAACACUAAGCCGACCCGUAAACAGGAGAUCAUUAAGAUAACGGAGCAGCUGAUUGAAGCGAUCAACAACGGAGACUUUGACGCCUACACGAGGAUCUGUGAUCCCGGACUUACCUCUUUUGAACCCGAGGCCCUGGGAAAUCUGGUGGAGGGCAUGGACUUCCACAAGUUUUACUUUGAGAACCUGCUGAGCAAAAACAGCAAGCCCGUGCACACCACCCUGCUCAACCCCCACGUGCACCUGAUCGGCGAGGACGCCGCCUGCAUCGCCUACAUCCGCCUCACGCAGUUUGUGGACUCCACGGGCCGCCCUCGCUCCAGCCAAUCGGAGGAGACCAGGGUCUGGCACCGCCGCGACGGAAAUGAUCAGUGGUCCUGAGCCUCCAGUCUACUGGAGUGUGUUUUGGGGGGCAGUGUUUUUUCAGCGAGCGUGUUUAAGAGGCGCGUCCUCUGCGUGGAUUGGCUAGCGCCAGGAGCCCGGCCGGGCGAGAUCGCACCCCUCUCCACGUUACCAACCAAUCCUGUCCCUCCUUUGACCUGCCGGGGCCGGCUGAACACAAGAACCCGCCCCCAUAGGAUGAUGCAUGCAUCUGGCGCCUGAUUGGAGGGUGCAACUUUGCCCUCUGACCCUCCCCUGGCAGCCAUCUUUUUUCUGCCCGCGCGAGAUGAGACGUCCUGGGGGAGGAGAGGAUUUACAGUUGAACUUGUGACAGUUUAUGAGUAUGAGUUAUGAAUAUACUGUGUAAAUUAUGACUAGAUGUACCAGAAACCACCAAAACCCAACUAAGCAUUUAUCACUAUUUAAUAAGGGAGGAGCGGAGAGGAGUGUGAAGUUAGCAGCUGAGAUUUCGGACACAUUUAGGGAUGACCGGGUAGAAAAGCGUUGUGCUCGUGACCCGGGUCGUAAGAUGAAGGGAGCUUAUCCUCGACAGAGUUUUAGAGGGAAAAAUAGUCAAGUUUUCUCAUUCGGAGAACUUGAUGACGAGAGAAACUUGAUAUCAAAAAAACAUGAAGCACCAAAGUGUAGAACUUUAGGCUUUUUAUGUGUUUGUGUUUCUGUUUGUGUGCUUGUUUUUCAACGGAACAGAAAUUGUGUCGUGGGCAGUGGGUGGGGGA